CCCAAACGGCCGAACCAUUUUCUUCGAGGGAGAGCGUGGUGGUGGCAUAUAUCAGCAGCUAGCAGCUUGAGAGAGCGCCGAGAACCAAGGAUAUGCCUGACCCCACGGUCUACUACCCCGCGUCCUCCAACGCCGUCCUGCGCGCGCGGGCGCCUUCCACGACCGCCAAGGGCUCGUUCGGCCCGGUCUUCGCCGUGCUCGCGGCGAUCUCCUUCCUCGCCGUGGCCGCCUGCGUCGCCGGCAGGCUGUGCGGGCGCCGGCUCUCCAGGAAGAGGUACGCCGCCGACCAGGACUCCUACGCCUCCGACUCCGUCGGAGGCGACCUGGAGAAGGGCGGCGGAUUCGAGAUCAAGUGCCCGGCGAUGAAGCCCGUGGCGAGCUCCCGCGCCACGAUCCACGACAUCGACGACGGCUUCGAGAUCAAGUUCGCGCCGGGGAAGCCUCCGGCGUGGAAGAGCGACGGCAAGCUUGCUGGCAGCAACAAGGGGCGUCAGCUUAAGCAUCAGCAACAGCCCCAGCUCGUCGGCGUUCCCAAAGGCUACGCCGUGCCAAAGGACUACGCGGGCUUCAGGUACCCUGCUCAAGCUGUGGCUGUGGCUGUGGACGGGCAGGGGCAAAUAAGGGGCGGGGCGUUCGUUCCAGCGAAGCCUGGCACAUGAGCGAACAAUAAUGUAGCGGCAGCUUUUUAGGUUCACGAGACUCGAUCGAUGUAUCACGUACAAUCUCUCGUCGUCCCUCGGCGGACGACGGCGUUUUACAUCUUCAACUCUAGUUUUUGGGGGCGCAGUGUGCAAGAGUUGGAACCCUCCGCGAACUAGUUCCAGGCACCACUUCCAUAUCGUAUUUUGUACAUCAACCCAUUAUAAAAGCAGUGAAGAAGAACAUCUCAUUCUCC